AUGUCCACAGCAAUGACAGGGUUGGCUUUCAUGGCAGUCCUGUUGUGGUGUGGCACAGCGAAAGAAGAGAUCCCUCUCUGUGAGAUACUGGAGAUUCCAGAGUCUCCUCUGCUGUCUAAAAAUGGAGAUGUUAACCCAAGUCAGGAUCCACAGAGCACCUUACUGAAGGAGUUCUGGGAGGCAACGUUUGGUUGCAGUUUCCAAUCAAGUCGGCAUGUUCGGUCAGGAGAAAGAGUGUAUUUUGAUGGAAAUGGAGAUCCUGCAGCAGCUUAUGAACUUGUGAACUGGCAGCCGAACCUAAAAGGAGACAUUUUGUUUGUGCCUGUUGGCAGCUACGAUGCUAAAAAACCAAAAGAAAGGCAGUUCAAAAUGAAUGGAAUAAAGAUAACGUGGGCUGCUAAAUCAAUGGAGAGGCCUCAGUCUGUCUGCAGUGAGAGCUGUCUACCAGGUUUCCGACAGGCUAUGAUUAAAGGAAAACCCAUUUGCUGUUUCUCCUGCGUUGCCUGUGCCGCUGGAGAGAUCAGCAACUCCAGCAGAACUAUGCUGAUUUCCAACCUUCUACUUCUUUUGCUGCUGGGUGUGAGAGGAGAAAUCCCUGUGUGUCAAACUUAUGGGACAAGAGAACUGUCUAAGUUUUCUAAGGAUGGAGAUAUCAUCAUUGGAGGUAUCUUUUCCUUCCACCAGAACCCGGUUAUUGUCAAUCCAACUCCUGAAGUCAAUCCAGGACCAAUCCAAUGUGAGGGGCUGGACCCAGGUGAACUUCAGUAUGCCUACACCAUGAUGUUUGCUAUAGAGGAAAUAAACAACAGCUCAGAGCUGCUUGCAGAUGUAACACUAGGUUAUAGGAUCUUCGACUCCUGCCCCAGUAUCCCUCUUUCCAUCAGGUCUUCACUGAAUCUAAUGAAUAGGAAUGAAAACGGGAACAGCAGCUGUAAAAAGCUCUCAAGUGUGCAUGCUGUCAUAGGGGACACCACUUCCACUUCUACGAUAGGUAUUGCACGUACAAUGGGACCCUUUCAUAUACCUGUGGAGUUUCUCUUUGAAAGCAAGCCAUCCACCACACCUGGCAAUCAGGGACUUGUUGAGCUGUGGGAGGCGUUGUUCAGCUGUCGCCUGUUUCCCGGGCCAGAGUCUCAUGAUCAGGAUCCUACGACAGCCUGUAGUGGAAUUGAGACUCUAAAGGACAUUAACACAUCAUUCACUGAUGUUUUAGAUGCCAGCUUGCUGAAUAAUGUGUACAAGGCCGUAUAUGCAGUUGCACAUGCAGUAAACAUGCUAAAAGAUUGCAAGAAUGGAGAGGGGCCUUUUGAGAACAAUACUUGUGCUGACAUAAAAAGUGUACAACCAUGGCAGGUGCUGCACUACCUAACACAGGUCAAUUUCACCACUAAGACUGGUGAAAAUGUGUUCUUUGACGAAGUGGGAGACCCCGUGGCACGCUAUGCACUGGUGAACUGGCAGAUGGAUGAGACAGGCUACAUACAGUUUGAAACCAUCGGUUACUAUGAUGCCUCUCGGCCUGACGGUCAGCAGUUUGAGAUGAAAAAAGAAGUACAAGCCAUCUGGGCAAGAAAUAACCUCAAAUUCUGGGAAGCACUGUUCAGUUGUAAGUUCCAACAGUCAAAACCCACAGAAGUUGAGAGAGGCUGCACAGGACGUGAGGAGCUGGCUGGAGUGCAGAACAGCUUCACUGACAUGUCACUUAUGCCUAUUUUCAAUAACGUCUAUAAGGGAGUGUAUGCAGUGGCCCAUGCUCUUCAUGAUAUUCUAAGGUGCAACAAAACAUGUGAUGACAGUGUGCACCUUGAUCCCUCCACGCAUAUUCGAAAGACUAACUUCAAAACAAAAGAAGGAGAUGAAGUCUAUUUUAAUGAGAAUGGAGAUCCUCCAGCAAAGUAUGAAAUUAUAAACUGGCAACCAAGAGAAAACAAUAUUGUAGAAUUUGUCACAGUUGGUCUUUAUGAUACAUCGUUACCUGAAGACAGACAACUAAAUCUGCUAGAUAUGCCUUUAAUUUGGACACAGAAUUCAAUGAAGGUGCCUGUGUCAGUUUGCAGUGAGAAUUGUCCCCCAGGAACAAGAAAAGUUCUCCAAAAAGGAAAACCUGUUUGCUGUUAUGACUGUAUAAGAUGUGCGGAAGGAGAGAUGAGCAACACGACA